CAUGUUAGCGUACAUUACAAUGAUUUCUUUAUAUCGUAUUUGUUUGUAAACAUGACCUAAAUAUAGCUAAUAUUAUGCUGACGUAUUGCGGCAAAUAUCGAUCCAUUUAUAGAUUAUGAAAAUGGAAGUAGAAUUGUACAUAGCGCUGGGAAUUUCUAGUAAACAGACUUAGGUCAACAUUUAAAAAUGAUCUAGCCAUGGAGUUUAUGCAUGCUUUAUACUAACAGCAGGUGCUUGCUAUUUAAUUCAUUUACACAGUUAUAAACGCAGGAAUCUUUAAAAAUGGAAUCAGAUAAUCCUUCGGAUAACAUGCUUAUUAGCAAUUCAACCAGUAUGACAGAUAGUAACAAAACAGACAAGUAUACACAGAGGCUGAAUAAUGUGUUCAAAGUAUCGCUUGUUGUAAACAUUUUUCUACUCUGUACGCUCAUAUUUUUGUUUAUUUUCAAAACGUUUGGAAAAAAUGACGAUGACGACGCUAAAGCUGAUUAUGUUAAUAUAAAAAUGCCGGAUUCUGGAGUUUGUUUUCCAUGUGAUUAUCUUGGACCUGAUGUUAAAAAGGAGGACACUUUAUAUGACCACAUACAAAUAACAGAAAACGGACAGAAGCUUUGUUGCAUAACAAGUCUCCCAGACAUCACAACGCUGAUGCGAAAGGUUGUUGAACGUCAGUUUCCACCAGGCGAACAUGACUACACUGAAGAUUCAAGGGUUCGGCAAUCAAUAAAAUGGUGGCGGGAGAGACCACAUUCAAUUCACAUGUACCAUGACACGACAGCAAACAAUUUAACAUGGACUCUGCGAGAGGAUGGACUUGGAACAGCCUUCACCAAUGGAAUCCGUGCUGUUGACAACAGAUUUGUAGUGCCUAGACAUAAUCUCGGCGAUUCGGCUCUGUACUUCAUAUACGCAGCUGUUACAUUCGACUUUGCAGACGAGAGUUACUUAAAAGUUGUACCGACAGUAUAUCAUAACAUUACUCGCCGCCACCCGAAUCUGCCCAAAACAGGAGAAAUUUCCAUGUUGAUGAGCAAAUAUGGUGGAUCGGCGGAAUCUGAUCGAAUCCAUACCAGCUUCUUAUGUGGAACUUUUAAAUUACAAAGUGGUUAUGAGAUCGGUUCAUAUGUUGACUCGUUUGAAUAUGUUAAAAAAUCGACAUAUGCUAGUUAUUUUGGUAUGUUUAGGUUGUGAUUGUGUGUGUUAGUGGACAAGGUUGUAUGUGGAUUAUGAGAUAGAAUAAGUGAGUGGGGGAAUGCAUCUGUGUCGUGUGAUGUUAUGUUUUACAUGUUUAAUCGGAGGUUAAUAUUGUACUAAAUCUCUUCGUUGUUUAUUGUUUAUUGUUUUAAGUGUAGUUUUAUCAAAAUGGCACUCGUUUAUAGGUUUUUAUAUUGAAUUCGAAGUAGCUUUAAAAAUUUUACGUUUUGAAAAUUGAGUUGAAAUAGAAUGAUAACAAUCAUGAUUGUUUUUGAUUGAUGUUUUCAUGAAUCAGUUUUGUUGUUGUAAAGUUAUAUGUUGACAGCAUAGAACUAUUUAUUGUUACGUUUUUUCCCUCUGUUUAGCAAUGGAAAAGUAUAUAAAUGGCUUGGGAAUGGCUUUGUCAGAUUUAAUUUGUUGAAUUGUUCAAAAUAUUGUUUGUUAACCAUGUCAAGACAUUUUAACAUUUGUUGCAGCCUUUAUUGAUCGUGACAUUUAAGAGACUGUAAAGCUUCCGCAACACAUUUUGGAUUUUAUUUUUAAUCCUAUGAUUUUGUUUUCAAUCAAAUGACCGUCAUCUUGUGUUGGAUAAUUUGAUUAAAUUGCAAAUUCUUUUCUUCUCGAUUUGAAAGAGUCGAAAUUCCGUUUGAUUAUUCUUUUGUUGUAUUUAGUUACAUAGUAUCUUUCCUUGCAAACACUGCCCUAAUGCAAGCAAUAUAAGAAUACACAAUGUAGUAUGUACCAUAUUUGUUGUAGGUCUAUAUAAGUUUCUCGUUUUCUUGUGCAGCUCGAAAUAUUUAUAAAUAGUUAUGUUUAUAUGGGAGAAUAUGAUUCAUUUCCCAAAACAAACAACCAUCUGUGUGUCCAUGUAAUGGAAAUCAUUAUCAGACGUUUUGUUGAAUCUUUAUAUAACUUGGUAUCAUUCAAGAUCCGCAUUUGUCAUCUGCAUUAUUGUAAAUAUGAGUAUACAUAAUUAGUUAAUAAAAUUGACUCUGUU